CGAGGUGCGCCAGAGUAUGGAGAUGAGAGCAGAGACUAUCUAUCUGCCUGUGUUCAAAUGAUGUAAUUGCAACGCCAUAUGUGUGUGGGUGAGAAGGAAAGGGACCAUGGUAUUUUUCUCCGCGGUUAAACUGGAUAUACAAUAACGCGCUCGCGUGUUCCCCGUUUGAGUGGCCUCAAUCAUGUACGGCGAUGGAGAGGGAACGGUAUGGGACCGAGUCGGACGCCCACGUCGGGACUGCAUGUGCUACCUCGGACCCCCGACUACUUUGAUGCCCAUCGGGAUGCGGAAGUCGUCCGACGUGAGUCCUAGACGGCUUUCGGACAUAAGCCCCCAACUAAGACAACUGAAGUAUCUGGUGGUGGACGAGUCCAUCAAAGAAGACUCCUUAAAAUCGUCCCGGUCCGUUGAGGACAUUAACAGUGCGUCGAUAGAGGAGAGGAUCUUAAGGAUCACCGGUUACUAUGGUUAUCAACCCUGGAAUGCAGUCUACAACAACAACGAGAGAGGGUCCAUCGAUCGACCCCUUCAUAGUGUCUCCUCCCCGCAUGUCAUGAAACCAGGAGAAGACCGACCCAGGGACAAUGUAGUGAGCUGCACAGUGGACGGGCAGGCGGCGAAUGGUGGGGCGACGGGGGCGGAGCCAGACACAGGGAGGCGGAGACUCCGCUGCUGCGUCAAAAUCACAGCCGCGCAAGUGCAGAAAGUGCUGUGGGGCGUUGCCAUGGUGAUGUGCGUGUGCUCUUCGUGGGCCGGAUCAACGCAGCUGGCCAAGCUCACCUUCAAGAAGUUUGACGCCCCCUUCACCCUCACCUGGUUCGCCACCACCUGGAACUGCCUGUUCUUCCCCCUCUACUACCUGGGACACCUGUGUAAGAGCCCCGAGAGGCAGCCACCCAAACAGAGAUUCAGGGAGUGUUGUCGAUUCUUCGGGGAGGACGGGCUGACAGUCAAGGUGUUCUUCACUAAGGUGGCUCCCUUUGGCCUUCUGUGGAUCCUUACCAACUACCUGUACCUUCAGGCCCUGAGGAAGAUCAACACCACAGACGUGUCGGCUCUGUUCUGCUGCAACAAAGCCUUCGUCUUCCUCCUGUCCUGGAUCGUCCUCCGAGACCGCUUCAUGGGGAUCCGGAUCGUGGCGGCCAUCUUUGCCAUCGCCGGCAUUGUGAUGAUGACGUACGCCGACGGUUUCCACAGCAACUCGGUCAUGGGGAUCACCUCUGUCGUGACCUCAGCCUCCAUGUCAGCACUCUACAAGGUGCUCUUUAAAAUGGUCCUGGGCAGUGCCAAGUUCGGAGAGGCAGCGCUCUUUCUAACGAUUGUGGGGGGUGCAAAUUUUGUCCUGAUGAGUUUCGUUCCAUUAAUCCUGUACUUGACGGGCGUGGAAUACUUCGGCCCUCCUGGGGACAUCCCCUGGCUCUGUCUCUGUGGGGUGGCUGGCCUCAACUUUGCUUUCAAUAUCCUGGUGAACUUUGGCGUCGCGGUCACGUACCCUACGUCCAUCUCUCUGGGCAUCGUUCUGAGUGUCCCGGUCAAUGCCAUGGUGGACCUGUACACGUGUGAGAUUCACUUCAACGGCGUGCGCCUGAUCGCCGUCUUCAUCAUCUGCCUGGGCUUCCUGAUGCUGCUGCUGCCAGAGGACUGGGACCAGUGCUUCAUCCGGCUCCACGCCAAGAUACGGAGCAAACGGGAGGAGCCGGCGGAGGUGGAGACCGGGCCCGGGUCGAGUCUCAACUGGAGCAGGAGAGCGCGGACCUCCAUGUCCAACUUCACGCAUUGAACGCGGUUUCAUGUGGUGGAAUGGAUGGAAGGACACGCAGGCUGGCACCGGAACACGUGGUGUUAUGAACAAGACUGGAGACACGCCACCUUGGACACUUGAUUGCCAUAAAGACCUGAACGGUCGACCUCUGACCUAAGCCACCUCCUCUCUCCUUUCUUUCUUUCUUUCUUUCUUUCUUUCUUUCACUUUCCCGUUCACAUGCAUCUCUAUGGAAACCGACCUGUUGGCCUCAGACUGUCUGGGCUGUUCAUUACCAUCUAAUUUCACUGCUGUUAAUGGUGGUUAAUUUGACAGUCAAGGAUAAUUUUGUUAAAACAGUUGGUGUGUGGACUCACAUUCAUCAUUUCAUUCAGCAAUACCUCUUAAUCAUUCCACUGGGCUCAUACAGGUACAGGGAAGACUUGCCUCUGCUUUUGAAAAGACAGGUUUUGGACAACAUUGACGCCAAACUGAUUAUUGACAUAAUGGCAUGAACAACAUGGUUUCCCAUUACCAUCAAGAUCUAAAGCAGAAGAAGUGUGGGACCCUGCUUCCUUCAAGUGUAAACCACUGCCCACUCCACAGCCAACCGGGAUUGAAUAAUGAUAUGAUCAGUGUGGGUAUGUGCAGGUUUUGUCUCCCCGUCGGACCUUUCUCGCCUCCUCAGAUUUACACAGCUGAGCACAGGGUGAUUUGGUGUUGAAGAAACAUCUGUGGAUUUUUGCGAGGAGGCCCGUUAUAGGCAUAUAAACUCUUGGACAUCAUUUUUAUGUGUUGGCGUGCCAUAUUAAACGUGUUUUUUUAAUAAUUUCAGCCAAAAGUUGUGAACGUGAAGUCACCUAAAGGUGUAGCAUAUAGCUGACUUGGUAAUGUUUAAAAGCGAAUUUGGUGUGCUUUAGAACCCAUAAAUCAUCUUUAAGGAAGUUUCAAUAGCCAACGCUAAGACAUUGAAAUGGUGUCCGAAAGUUCAACUGACUUUGGGCAGGUAGAUUGAGGUCUUCACUGCCAAUAUCCCGUACAAUCCCUUUAACUCAAUCCAUGGGCGCCCUCUAGCUCAGAAGCCUGUAGACAUUGGGCUGUGAACGAAUCUGUCUGGAUGUUUAAUUAUCAAUAUGAGCCAUUGCAUGUCUUACUUUGCCUCUCCUACCAAUGAGAAUAGCCAGGACCAUCUAUGGCCACAGUGAUUGGCCACGUGCUGUGAUCUAUCUCCCCCUAAGGCCAGGACCGGAGCUCCUGCUGGUACCAACACCCUCUGCUCAGUCCCAUUUCUUCAGACACCAACCGCCAAACUGGGCCGACUCAAUCAAGCAGCAACCCUUAUGAUAUUUUAACAUCAUCCCCAUGUCCCUAGCCUCUGCUGGGAUGCCUGUCAGUAGGUUUCACACCUUCCAAGUAAAUGUGUCAGGAGACAGGCACUACAAGUGUCACCCUGUCAGUUAGCCAGCGUAGCAACUCUAGCCUGGUAGCCUGUCGGGUUGUGCUCCCUUACCAAGUCUAAUGGGAUUGUCAUGUCUUGACAGUGAGGGAACCGGUAAAAGUAAAACACACGGGAACCUCUCAAACAGCAAAUUAUUAUCUGUAAUGGCUUUGUAUCCUGUGUAAGGUGUGGGUAAACUACUCUUAUUUUAACUAAUUGUACAUUGAAGAAGUCAAUUAGCUCUUUCCCUUUUAAUUUUUUCAUUUCCAUUGAACACAUUUCUAAGGCAAGUUUACCACUGUGAGGACAUUUCCUGGUUACUGAAUAUGUAGCCAUUUAACCACUGUGAGGACAAAUCAAACAAUGUGGAGGUUGAAGUGGGCGGGGCUUGAACCAGAAGUGGGCUGAACCUCUGCCUUGUUGUGAAUGUAUACAUGAUGAUUGCUCAACCAACCAAUCACACACCGCCUUCCAUGUGCUAUCUAUCUUUUCUAUUUCUAUGGAGGAAGGCAAUGCGAGCCUGUAGACAUGACAGUCUUCAUCACCAGGAAGACCACAAAGCUUCUUGCACUCAUCUGACUACACUUAUUUUCUCUGAACAAAUUCGUUGAUGCUUAUUAUUUAAUAAUGGAAAUGUUUUUUUCAAUUUUUGUGUUCAGUUUGACUACUGAUAUGAAGGGACAGUGAGUGACUGAAAUUACUUCUACAUGUACCGAACAAGCAUGCAGAGAUGACCAGAUCCAACAUCAGUCCAGUCCUUUCACAUCACUGCCUUUUCCUUCUGCAAUAGAGAGUACCUGGGUGCAGUCAAUUCUAUUCCAAUCCCAAAAGAAAACUGAAAUUCCAAAUUCCACUGUAAUUUUCCUCAUGGAAAAGCACUUGAGGAACCCUGGAAUUGGAAUUUCACUUGUGAAUUGAAAUGGAACUGAGCCCAACCUAGAAUAGAAGUUCUAGAUCAGCACUGUUAUCUACCAUUGUCGUUCUUUAUAAUGACAAUAUAAUAAUGAUAUUGUAUUCCUCUGGGAUUAUUGCUAGACAUAACUGUAAACCUUUGUAAGGAAUGAAGAUUUUUACACUGAAAUAAUAUAUGCUGCAUAUGAUAAAAUUUGAGGACGAAGAAAUUCAAAA